GUGGGCGGCCAGUCGCACUGUGAGCUUCACCAAAACUAGGCAUUCAGAGACUCAGACUGUCAGACAGUCUCCCGGCGACUAUCCUCACGGCAACACCGUGUACGUUUUGGUCCCGCCUUGUACUGUACAUCCAGUCGUCCAUUGUUGGCCAGUGUUAUCGUUUUUGGUAACACACAAUAUAGUGUUUAUUACUUGUGCAAGUUUCAUUGGUGCUUCUCCAGUUUUACGGUCUGACAUCUCUACCACCACCUCAGGAUCACUAGUGUGAAGAUGCGCGAGAACCAGACAGUCGCUGCUGCCCCCGGCACUUGGACCACGUCUACCACCAAGAGGCAAGGCUCACAAGUCAUGGAUAUCACAGGAUGUGUUUGUGGUCGAGCUACGGGAGUUGUUGGCUCUGUGAAUGAUGUUGGCGUUGGUGCCUCCUGGCUGGAAGAGAAUGGAGCAUCAACACCGUCUUCACUUUCUACAAGUCUCUUAACAAAGAACAAACCUUUCCCAAUUAGAGGAGAGCGAGCCAAUUAUGUGAACAUCCCUCACGUUAUUGUGAUGGUCGGUCUGCCAGCUAGAGGGAAGACCUACAUGGCUAAGAAGCUCACACGAUACCUCAACUGGAUUGGCAUCAAGACAAAGGUGUUUAACUUGGGUGAGUACCGGCGGCGAGUGACUCAAAAGUACAAGAAUCAUAACUUUUUCCGGAGUGACAAUGAAGAAGCGAUGGCUCUUCGGCAGCGUUGUGCAAUGGACGCCCUGGAGGAUGUCUGUGAAUGGCUUGAUAACGAAGGGGGAGAAGUAGCAGUUUUUGACGCUACAAACACAACGAUGGUUCGCCGUAAACUGAUCUAUGAGAAGGUUGUGGUGGAGAUGGACUACAAACUGUUCUACGUGGAGUCAAUCUGCGACGAUCCAUCCAUCAUUGAGUCAAACAUUCGGGUUGUGAAGAUCAACGGGCCCGACUACCUCAAGUCGACCCCAGUUAAUUGUAACACUCCAGGGCAUCCUUGCUUUCAAGAAGUAAAAGUAAGCAGUCCUGAUUAUUCUGGGAUGACCGCUGAGGAGGCCCUGGCUGACUUCAUACAGAGGAUUGAGCACUAUAUGGAUCAGUAUCAACCUUUAGAUGAAGCAAAGGAAGACCAUCUCUCUUUCAUGAAGGUUUACAAUACAGGACAGAAAGUUGUAGUGCACAAACAUGAAGGACACAUUCAGGCGCGUAUAGUUUAUUACCUGAUGAAUACUCACGUCACUCCUCGCACCAUCUAUCUCACCAGGCAUGGCGAAAGCGUCCACAACGAGCAGGGAAGAAUAGGGGGCGAUGCCGACCUGACUGAAAAUGGUCGGAAGUUUAGCAAAACUCUUGUUCAUUACAUCAAGGAACAGAAAAUUCCUAAGCUGCGAGUGUGGACGUCCUGGAUGAAGAGGACCAUUCAGACAGCCGAGGGUAUUGAAGCUCCCCAAGAAAGAUGGAAAGCCCUGAAUGAGAUUGAUGCAGGUAUCUGUGAGGAGAUGACGUAUGCUGAAAUUAAAAAAAAUUUCCCACAUGAUUUUGCUGCUCGAGACCAGAAUAAGUUUAGCUACCGGUACCCUCGUGGUGAAAGUUACGAAGAUCUGGUAGCUCGUCUGGAGCCUGUCAUCAUGGAGCUGGAGCGUCAAGGGAAUGUUUUGCUUAUUGCACACCAAGCAGUCAUACGUUGUCUUCUAGCAUACUUCCUUGAUCAACCCUCUGAUGACCUGCCAUACAUAGAGGUUCCUUUGCACACUAUGAUCAAGUUGACACCAGUAGCUUAUGGUUGUAGGGUGGAGUACCUCCCUCUCAGUGUUCCUGCUGUUAAUACCCACCGUCCUAAGCCAGAGGUGCCUGGGUCACUUCAUCUGUCGCUGUAUCCAGAGGUUGAUGAUAUGGAAAUGAACUCUUGAUGAUAAAACCAAAUAGGACUUUCUUCUGCAAUUAGGCAUUUUUGUCUGCUUUGCUGCCAAUAAUUCUGAAUUGCCAAUUUUCACCUCGACAGUGUUCACCAAAGCUGCCUCCACUGCUUACAAUCAAGUUUUCCUGGUAUACUUCCAAGUGACAUUGAUCGGGUACCUGUCAAUUAAGUUGAUUGUGAACAGUAUGUGUGGUUUUGCUUGAAUGUCCUUCAUUUUAUUCUGCUACUUGUUUAGCUUUAAUAUUUAUAUUACAUAGGAUAAAAGAAUGUAGUAUUGUAUAACUUACAAUUUAUGAAUAAAUGUAUUGUAAUCGGUUUAAUUUAUGCAGCUGUAUAUUUGAAAGGGAAAGACGACACAAACAUACCUGUAGUGCACUUUGUUUUUAUUUCAAACAUUACCUUUAUUCUGGUGAAGAUCAUCAUAAAAAGUGUUAGUGUUGCUAUUUGACGAUGGUGUAAUUAGUAUUGCCAGGACACAAACAGAUAAAAAUUUAUUUUUUUAUCUUUUAGGAUACUGUAUCUACUUAAUAUUAAAUAACUGACAAAAUCAUGGCAUUGAUAGAAUAAACGUUUUCCCAGUGAUGAUUUAUACUCAGACUUAGAGGGUAUUAAUUUAUCCUAAGACUGGUAAAGGGACUUAACCUUUCCUUGCAGCAUGAUCCUAUAACUCCCAUUAGUGUGUAGUGUACUGCUGCCGGCGUACAUGCACACGCCAGCUCGGCCAUGCAGUAAGGAAGGAGGUGAAGGUGAUAUUAGCUUCAAGGCCAGACUUAGAAGUAUUUGUUACUUCACUUUAUAGAGAUAGGGAAAUUUAGGAAUAGAGGAAUAUUGCUUGCCAAAAUAAUUGACAUUUCGGCUACACUGUACAGUAUACGUACUUAAAAAAACGGAAAGGAUUUUGCCUUAAAGCCAUAUUAACUUUGGGGGAUCCCUUCACCAAGUUGCAUACAUUGUGUGGUAGAUAUAAUAAGUAAGUACAAAAAUUACUCUUCUCACCAGCUACAGUAGAUAGUAGUGUGCACCUACAUACAGCAGUAUAAAAGAUACUAAGGUUUAGUGCAGUAUUAUUUUUUUAGGUAACUGGAUCAUAUCAAAGAAAGUUUGCUAAAUUUUCAUUCAAAGUUAACUCUAUCAAUGUGCUUUAAAUAUUUUCUUGAUGCUGGUGCUGUGUAACCCACAGGAAGUAGCAGUAUACAAGAUGAAGCAACUAGAAUUGUAGCUCUAACUACACAAUGUGCCUUUUCUCACUUAACAGAAGGUACAUUGCAAGGUAUUCUCCAAACAUUAUAGUUGACAUAUCUACACACACACACACACACUUGUAUCUUCUAUGCCGAUAAAUGUACAUCCUCAUAUUUUUUCCACUUUUGUUUGUUUCUUUAUUCCUGCAUACUUUCCUUUGUAUAAUUCAUGGCCUUUCCUUAGAGAAGUCGUGUUCCUUUUCCUAUCGUUUAACAAAUCACAUCAAAUUUAAUAUUCUCACCUUUGCUAAAACAUAAUUUUGUGAGCAUGGUAAAAUAUAAAUUUAUUAGUGUACUGUACUAUUCUUAAAACCUCAUUUAGGUGUUAGAACAGCUGACAUAUUUAUUCCACAUAUUACCAGCAGCUCUUCAGAUACAGUAUAUGAUUUAGGAAAUUAUAUUUUUCUUUUCUUUCCUGCAAGGUACAGUUGCCCACAUGUAUAUUGUUCCACUCCUUGGUGACCUUUCUCAAUGUGUGGCAAUAUCGGAAUCACUUUAAUUGAAUCGGUAACAUGGGAGACCAGUUGUUGGUAACUGCUCUUCUUAAGUUACCGAUUCAUUCAUAAAGGGAUUCUUACUUUGCCACAUGUUCAGAAAGGCCACUGAGGGAUGGAACAUUAUACCUGUGAGCAACUGUACAUGUUAAGUUGUACUUGAACUUAGAAUAAGGUUUUAGUUACUUUGUUGUAGAUGUUAUGGUCAUUAUAUAUUUCUGUGUAUUUAGAAUAUGAAUUUCUUAAUCCUUUUUCACAAAAGAUUACUGCAGUCUCUUCAGUCUCGCUCUCCUUCAGUCUCGCUCUCCUUCACCUCAAAAGCAUUGUAGUUCAUCAAACCUUUUAUUAAUUUCCAAUAGUGAUGUACUCAAGCAUGUCUCUUACUGCACCUGCACCAUCAGCUUUCAUUCCUCUUAAUACAGUGCUAAAUACAGUAUAAUAGUUUCCGAGUCUGUCUUUAGGUAGAGUCUUUCUAAAAAGCUGUAAAGACAUGUUGGGUAGCUGAACAGUAACCUAAACUGGACCCUUAAUCCUCCACCAUAUUGGAUUUCAGUUAUACAUUCUCAAUAGAACUCAUUAACUUCAUUCAUUAUAUGGAAUGUUUUUGUUCUUCAUUGUAGUAUAAUUUACAGUAAUAUGUCUUGUUAUAUUUUUUUUCUUUGUAAUUUUCCCUCUGUAGCUUUAUCACUAUUUUAUAACCUUCCAAAGUGCAUUUUUCUCCUUGCUUUAGACUUACUUGUUAUUUUAGUUUAACCUUUAGCUGGGUGAAUUUUAGGCAACUGCCUUCGUCUCAGGUUGUGAUUUUUUUUAAGUACAGAAAUGUUAAAGCUAUAUAAACAUUCAACCUAAGCUUCAAAAUAGCAUAGAAAUUAAAUAUAAAAAGGCAACAGAAUAAAGAUUACUAAAGGGCAUGCAAGAGAUGUGGGCAGUGAGAGGUGUCAUGCCUGGUAUGUUUAAUCUAGUGAUAGUAUAUUUUAAUUAUAAUAGCCACAGUUGUUCACUUUGCUAAUAAUAUGAUGCUAAGUAACACUCAAAUAGGGCAUGCAUGUGUAAUUCACUAGUUUGCUUCAUGAAAGUCAUUAUGGGUUGUAUAAGAAAGAAAAAGUCUACCGAGUUCAUUGUUAUUACGAUCAGAUUUUGGGAAGCAUCAUCGUAAUCACUUGUAUCCUCUUCUUAGUUUCCGAGUUUUUGCCGCAUAUGUCUACCUUCAGUAACGGUGAUGUCUUGUGUAAAUACUGUACUGAGAUAUGUUACUGUUAGAAUGCAAAGAGACAUUUUCCUCUCCUUUUCAGUGUAUGGGUGAGGCACUAGGCUGUGAAAGUAAUUGCCUCUAGUAUGGUAAGAAUGUGGGGGAGGUAUUAUUUGUUACAAAACUCCAGUCUUGUACUGUGCAUGAACUUUUUUAAAUGGGUGUGUUAUACUUACUAUGAACGUACUAUGUUGUUGCCCUUCUGAGGCUGUGCAUGAUACACCUAUAAUGUACCUGUCAAAGAAUCAGUGCUUUUUAUUUUGUGAAACAUUUGGGUUUUUAAAACUAAUUUUUUUUUUUUUAUGCUGAUGUACACCCUAAAUAUAUCUUCCCUGGACAUAUUUUUUGUUGCAACAAUCUGCAAUUGCUUUCCCCAAGAUACUUUCUUUGCGGUCAGUGUUAAGCCCCGAAAAAUUUAAGAGAUAGUCAGUAACCAAAAUGUUUGGGGAAGAUCCUCUCAAGUAUUACCACCUUGCUGUCAAUGUGGGAAAAGUAAAGAUGGUCUAGAUAUACACGUGUAUCUUUCUGUACCCCAUCACUCCAUGUACUGGUACAGCACUCCUGAUCCACUCUGAAUCCUCAUUUUUCUUCCUGUAGUACAGUACUGUUCUGUUAGGUAAGGUUGACUAUUUUCUUUCACUUGUGCUUUGGUGCACAAAUUUUAAAUACUUUUACUCUAUAUUCUUAAUGUUAUUCUCUCCUCUCGCAUUACUUAAUUCAAGUUUUAUCCUUUAAUGUCCCUCUUAGUCUCAUUAUCCCAUUUCAAAACAUUCCCUUUUUUAUUAAAUACGUACUCGGUUUGACUCCCGGGUGUUACAAGUUUUCCAAUUCAUUAAAGAUUUAAUGAUAUGAAUGUAAAUACCUGUAUAACAAAACUAGUGACAAUUUGUUAAAUUUGUCGGACUGACUUUAAAUUUAUAUACCCGGUAAGUUAUUUGUGUAUGUUAUACAGUACAUGUUCCAUUUGGGAGUAGGAAUUGGCUUUAUAAUUACAGUACAGUAUAUCACAAAGUAACAUCAAGUCUUCAUAUAGUUUAUUUUGGCCCAGAUUAAUGUUAAAGAAAAAGAUGAUAGGUAGAGAGAAUAAGUUUGUUUCUAUUAUGGUAAAUGUCUGGUACUGGUAUGUUUAUAUGUGUCAUCCUGUUUGAUAAGUUAGCCAUUUUAUGAAGAAAAAAUCAUGUAUGUAACAUUUCUAAAUUUUGAAAUUAAUCCAAUUUUGUUUAAAUGGUUUUUUUUCUCCAGCUUGAGAGUUUAUGGAUGUGUUUAGUAAUAUCACUAUUUUCCUUUGAUAGUAAUGCUGUUUGAAGAUUUUCCACAAUUUAUUAUUGAGGUUUCUGGAUAUUAUACAAAUAAGACUAGACCACGAGUUGUGAAAUUUGCAGGGUAUUUUUUUUUGUUUUCCAGAAUACCAGUACAAUACAGUAGAGGCGGUCCUCAUUAGUGUUUCUGAAAAACUUGACUAAUAGUAAAACCAAAGUUACUAUACCUAAUGUUAUCAGUUGGGUUACUUUUGUUGGGAUUAUACAGUAUUUUGUGACUUUCUUCUCACACAAACGGAAUUUUUAUUUAAUGGAGAAAAAAAAAUAGAAAAAGGCUUUACAAAAUUCCUUAACACAUCCAUACUCUAAUGAACAUUAUAGAAGCUAAGAUAAAUAAGCAAUAUUUGUGUACAAGUGAGAGGGUAGGGUUACCACUGCUCUCCUGUAUGUUCAAAUAGAAGGGUGUUUCAGUGGUGGGGUAGGGAGUGCUUCUGGUAUUGUGUAAGCUAAUGCCUCAAAAAGAACAGAAGUGAGUGAAAAUUGGUCAGUGGAUGUACUUGAUCAUACGCCAAUUUUUUUCCAAAGUUAUGUCAGGAGUUCAUUUCCAAAUAGUUGUCCGAUGUUUAUGUAUGAUACAUUUUGAGGGAGGAAAAGACGAUAAAUUUAAAUAUCAGGAAUAGAGACAAAAUGAGGGAUAGAUAACGGUUAUUGGUACAGUAUAUAAGAGGGAGUUGGAAACAGCGUGGGCCGGACACUUUCAAAUAAAUUACUGAGUACUUUAUUAUUAAUUUAUUGAUAGUAAUGGAUAAUGAUAAUAUAAUGCAAUAAUUUUUCCAUAAAAUUAAAACUGAAAACCAUAAAUAAAAUAUCAAAUAUUAAUCUGGAAUUAAAUGUCGGUAAGCGUGGUGGCAACAUUGUCAACCAACAGGCUAAAAAUUUAAUUUAUUGCUGGAGAUAACCAUUGCUUCCUCCAUUGUAAUAUAUAAUAAUUAACUUGCAUGUAAUAGACAUUCACAAUCAUCAUCCAACAUGAUAAACUAAAUUGUGUAGGUAACCAUAAAAACCCUUUUGUUAAAAGCAAUUACUAAUUUUUAUGUAUUUGCACCAUAUAAAAUUAGGUAAAUAAUGUUUAAUUAUUGAUGUAUAAUAUAUUUAUAUUUUUCAACAAAAAGUGAAAGAUGGCGACAGGGAACAAGAAUAAUGAGGACCGCUUUUAUCGUUCUUAUUAUUGGUGAACAAUAAAGACUGGUAUGAUGGUUGUAAUAAAUAUUUGUUUCUUGAAUAUGUAAUAUUUUCAUUUAAUGCACAGACAUUAUGAAGACUUCCUUGAGCACUUUUCAUGUUCAUUCUGGAUGUUUGUCCCAUAUUUUACAUUUAUAAAUUAUUUUUUUAUCUUAAGAAAGUUUUAUGUGCUGUGAAUGUAGAAAAAGAUGAAAAGAUAUAAUUUUAUAGUUAUAUCCAUAAACAAUGAGUAUUGAAAAAGAGCACUGUAAUGUCUGAAGGGGACUUUGCCAAAUGCAAAAAAUUAACAAGAGAAAACCAGCACUGUAUAUGGAUACUGUACUGUAUAAGAAAAUGAAUGUACAAGGAAGUGGGGAUUAUGAGGAGGCCAUAUCAUUGUGUGGGAUCAUGUUGUGUGUGAUUGAGGAAGAGGUAAACAGAGCUACAGAGUAUUUGGAGAUUUCACUUGUAGACCAAAUUACCUUUUUCUAUGGUUGUUUCCAUGGGCCAGCCUGAGCCAGCCAAUCUUCUUCAAUAUUGUGGCUCUGGUAUUCUUGGCAAUGGUCGGAAAUCUCACCCCCCUAGCAGUCUAUCGACGCAGGUUUGCCCAGUAACAGGAACGGUUUUUCCAUUUUAGUAAAAAAAAAAAAAUUGGGUAAAGUGAUUCCAGACCCAAAUUGCACCCUCAGAGAUGCAUCUGCCAACCCAGGAGGCUAAUGGGAGGAAAUUAGGUGGUUGAUAGGACUGAUCCACUGUUCAGCAUUUCUGCUUACAGAAAGGGUGCUCUCAGUGCAAGAUCUGGUUGAGUGGGAGGGGUCAGGCCAGCACAGGAGCACUUGUGACACAUUCUGCACUGAAAAACCACAAGGUUAUCCAUACAGGUAAACCUCGAUGAAUAAUGUCUCGUUCAGCGAUAUUCAACUUUAACAAUAUCCAUUGGUUAGGAAAAAAAAUUUCCCUAGUGUAAACUAUGGGUUGUAUAUACUGUACUGUACAAUACUUAAAUUAAUCGCUGUCUUGCAAGAAUUCUAGCAAUGCAAAUUAUAUUUUUCUGUCAUUGACAUUUCAAAAGGAAACAAUUUUUAACCUCGUCAACCCUACCCACUCGCCACUUAAUGGCCAACCUAUGCACUACACCCCCUCCGCUUGGUUCUUUGUCGAUCGUAACCCUGCCAUUUCUUAGCUCUAUGAUAAUCAGUCCGCAUCAUACAUUGUAUUUGGCAUGUGUUUUUUUUCUUAGUGAGAGGACAGCACUAACAUUUAGACUGAACUGUGUUAUGGUGACUGAAAUGAUAUUUUCUGUUUUUGUGACUAAGCUGCUUCGCCUCUGUUGUGAAAAAGAGGAGCAGUAUUGGCCGCUAUCAUUGUUUUUGUUAUCGUUUGCUCUGUUUUUGUGACUGUGAAGUGAGCAGCGUAACUUUGGAAAUGUCUGGGAAGGCCAAGACAACCGUUUGUGUGUGUGUGUGAGGUGAAGCUUGACAUUAUUAAGAGAGACAAGACUCCCAAGAGGCUGUGUGGGAGUCAGAGUGACGUCUCCACUCCACCUACAAGAGUCCUUUUAGCCUUGAAGGGGACAUGUGAUGAUGACCAGGCUUAUUCUUCAUUAUGUGGUGAGUGUUGUUCAAUUUUUUCUAUUGAUUUUAUAAGUGUAGGCAUAUUUUUGUUGGUGAUAUAUGUGUGUUUGGGGACUGGCUGGGAACAUAUUCCAUUGAGCCCCAUGUUAUAAUGCUCCAUAUCUUUGAUAUUUCACAUAGCAAUGGGUUUUACAGGAACCUUACCCCAUCGUUUAUCGAAGUUUACCUGUACAGUAUUUUAAUGAUUUGUUGUGAAGAGAUGUUUGAAAGUCAUAUAAUAUAGUAUAGUACACACAACCUUUUUUGAAAAAAUUUAUUUUACAUAAACCAUUGGAUUUCAAGUGCUAGAAAUAAAUGUACACUUACUCCAAAAAGUAUAUUAAAAGGAUUUUGUGAGACUGACACAUUGGAUGAAGGAUUCUGACAACCCUACUGAGGUAACCGGAGUCGGUUGUUCGUUUUGAAAUUCAUCAGAUCCUCCAUAAAGAUACUUUUUGGAGCGAGUGUAUCUAGUCAGGUGAGGUAAUUGGGAUGGUCACUUUACCUUAAGUAUGGGCUUUGGAUAAUGUGAUGGUUAAUUAUUCCAUUACAAAUAUCAACAGUAGAUGAAAGAUGUAUACAGAAAGUGCAUUUGAUGUCCAGUAAUAAGGUCAAUACUGUCUAGUGAUGUCCAACUGUUACCCGACAUUGGUUUAUUAAGAUUGUGUCGACUCCUUAUGAAAUUAAAUUUAGCUUGCAGUGUAAGUCAUGUGUGUGUUAAGGCUUUUGGAUGUUAAUUAAAUAUUUGUUUGGCUAAAUGAAAUUGUUACACCGAUUUAAUGUUGUCUUGGAGAGAGUGGAUGCAGAAGAAGAAUGUGGUGAUUAAUUUACUGAAGACUACUAAAAGAUGUAAGGUGGAAAAAGCAUUGUUAGGAAUUACUGAGGAAUUUCUUUUGUGUAGAAUGCAAGAUGGUAAUAAGGCAGAGCUAAUUUAUAUAAAAAUAAUCAAAAGUGGGACAUGAAAAGAGGAGAGGAUAAAGGAAACAUAAGAAAAUAUAUAUUUAUAACUUGGAAAGAAUGUGUAUGAUGAAUGCAAAAGGGAAGAGAUGUGAAGGGAAAUGAUAAUGUUGUGACUUGCAGCUACCAGAGGCCACUUUGGUUUGAGUGAAGAAAAUUAGAAUUGGGUCAGGUGUAGAAGUGUAUGAUUGAUUCGAGGGUUAAUUGGGACUAAGGGCAUGAUGUGUUUACGUUUAUCAGGGCUUCACCUAAAGAGUUCCCUCUGCAAAGCUGCAUUUUAAGACUGAGGAUAUUAAGCUUGGUUCCUUUUACCCCAGGUAUAUUGAUUUAAAUUGGCAGUUCAGUAUUGUACGUUAUAGUUUCAAAAGUUUCUACAUUGUUAAACUGAAGUCUUGUACAUCACAAUUAACAGUUUUGUCAACGCUGGCUACUAUAUCCACAUGUUAGAACUUCUUGUGAGGUAAUAUUUAAGUUGUUGAUGAAAAAAUAUAAAAGAUUUCCCAUUUAUUUAUCUUUCUACAAUUUAUCUCAUUGUUUUUAAAAGAAGAUUUUAUUUAUUGAUAUUAAUUGGUUCCUGUACUUUUCUUUAUAAUGGUUAGUCCUACUAUUAGUCCCACAAGCGUGCCCCCCCCCCUGUUUACUAGGACAAUUAAUUUCUUGGAACUAAGUUUCCAUCGAGAAUGUCAAGUUGUUCAUUGAUAGAAAAUAUUUUCUGUAUUGGUGAAUAGAGAUGGAAUUGACAUCUAAAGCGGUAAAUAAAUUCAGAAGACCACAAUUAUAACAAGAAGUACAGUGGCUGAAUAUAAACACAUGGCCAAAUGUGAAUGUAAAUAGGAUACAGAUUUCUAUGAGGCUGUUAAAUUACAAGUGUAGUGCAGGGAGUAUUAAAGAAUGGGGGAAUGUCCAGAUGUGGAGGGAAGAACUGGUCAAAUUGAUGCAGCUCACUCUGGUAUAUGUGAGCGAAAUGUGAAGAUUACAAUGCUGCUGAGGGUUUGUCAGUAUUGAUGUAACUCUUCAGAGUGAAAUAAAGUAUUGUGACAUUUAAA